AAAAACAAAAGACAAAAAUGAAGAAAGCUUUGUUUUUGUAGUAGAAGUACAAACACAGAGGUCAGAGACUCAGUCAGAGAGAGUGGGAAACUUAUUACUCUUAAAAUAAAUUCCAGCUAUUGGUAUGACAAUGUAACGGCUGUGAUCAGGAAUCUAAGUCAUAUUAGUGUGGUUUUGACUUUAUUAUUUUAAGAUUAUAUAAAAUCAACGGUGGUGAUUAUUUGUUGAAGUGAGUUGAGAAGUGGGGAUGGUGAUAGGGUAUAAUAGCCUAAAACUGUUGAGUUUCGCCUGUCUCUGUCUCUGUCUCACUCGCUCGCUUCUUUUCUUAGCUUCUGAGUCAGAAUUUCUUUCAUUCUCUUUGUUUAUCGUUUUCUCGCCGUAGAUCUCUGUGUUGUUUUUGUCUUUUGUAUACCCUUUUCCGGUGGGGAGUUCAGAUCGGUCAAUUUUUAAGUCGUCCGAUGCGUGGACUUUGACUGGGACUCGGCUCGUGAUCCGAUACAGUGCGGAGAGAGGAGAAGGGUGGGUGGUUCUCUAAGAUGGGACAGUGCUACGGUAAGACUAAUCCAACGGCUGAGAAUGACCCCAAUGGCGAACACCCAUCAACCACGACCAUCACUACUACAGUGGUCUCUUCCCCGAAUCGGGCCCAGACGCCGGCGCGUUCCAGUGGCGGUGGAUGGAACGGGCUCUUCAAGAGCAGUACUCCAGCUCGGUCUUCCAACCCGAGUCCCUGGCCUAGUCCAUACCCGCAUGGGAUUUCGGCUAGUCCUUUGCCGCCGGGGGUUUCGCCGUCGCCGGCGAGGUCUUCGACGCCGGGAAGGUUCUUUAAGAUGAGGUUUGCGCCACCGUCUCCGGCUAAGCAUAUUAAGGCAUCGUUGGCUAAAAGAUUGGGUCGUGGAAAACCCAAACCGGGGACAAUUCCUGAGGACGAAGGAGUUGAGCCGGAACAGUCUCUGAACAAGACUUUUGGGUAUAGCAAGAAUCUUGGGGCUAAGUAUGAGCUCGGAGUGGAAGUGGGUAGAGGGCAUUUUGGUCAUACAUGCUCGGCCAGGGGCAAGAAAGGCGAGCUCAAAGAUCAGCCUGUGGCAGUCAAAAUAAUUUCCAAAGCAAAGAUGACAACAGCAAUAGCCAUUGAAGAUGUUCGUAGAGAGGUGAAGAUAUUGAAAGCUUUAUCUGGGCAUAAGAAUCUUGUAAAAUUCUAUGAUGCGUAUGAAGACAGCAACAACGUGUAUAUAGUGAUGGAAUUGUGUGAAGGUGGAGAACUUCUUGACAGAAUUUUGUCAAGAGGUGGAAAGUAUGCAGAGGAAGAUGCAAAAGUUAUUGUUGUUCAAAUUUUAAGUGCAGUUGCAUUUUGUCAUCUUCAAGGCGUGGUACACCGAGACUUGAAGCCAGAGAAUUUUCUUUUUGCUACUAAACGUGAAGAUGCUGAUAUGAAGCUUAUUGAUUUUGGCCUUUCCGACUUUAUCAGACCAGAAGAGAGACUUAAUGAUAUUGUUGGAAGUGCAUACUAUGUUGCUCCUGAAGUCCUUCAUAGAUCAUAUAGUCUUGAAGCAGACAUAUGGAGUAUCGGUGUUAUCACUUACAUCCUUCUGUGUGGAAGCCGUCCAUUCUGGGCUCGGACCGAGUCAGGAAUUUUUCGUGCAGUACUAAGAGCAGAUCCUAGUUUUGACGAUUUACCCUGGCCUUCUGUGUCCCAAGAGGCCAAAGACUUCGUAAAGAGACUUUUGAACAAGGAUUACAGAAAAAGGAUGUCAGCCGUCCAAGCUCUAUCUCAUCUGUGGUUAAGGAGUGAUACCCGCCCUGUCCCUUUGGAUAUAUUGAUCUACAAAUUAGUUAAAUCAUAUCUUCAUGCGUCACCCUUCAAACGUGCAGCACUUAAGGCUCUUUCCAAAGCUUUGACAGAGGAUGAACUAGUAUAUCUUAGAGCACAAUAUAGGCUAUUGGAUUCUGACGAAGGACAUAUCUCUCUUCGAAAUUUCGAAAUGGCUCUUUUGCAAAACUCAACUGAUGCCACAAGAGAGUCCAGGGUCCCUGAUAUACUGAAUGCGAUGGAGCCACUUUCCUAUAGACAGAUGGACUUUGAAGAGUUUUGUGCAGCAGCAAUUAGCACGCAUCAAUUGGAAGCCAUCGAUAGGUGGGAGCAGAUAGCUUCGACGGCAUAUGAGCAUUUUCAACUAGAGGGAAACCGGGUUAUAUCAGUUGAAGAAUUGGCGAGGGAAUUGAGUCUUGGCCCUUCAGCUUAUGGAAUCCUCAGAGAAUGGAUCAACUCAGAUGGAAAGCUUAGUUUGCUUGGGUACACUAAAUACUUGCAUGGUGUUCGCAGCUCGAACACAAGACAUCAUUAGCAUCAUUCAUUUAGCCUUUGGACAUAUACACAGAGUUCUUAAAAGAUUAUUGGUUUACAAGGGGGUCUCCGGUCCGGUAUUUUUUUUUCGUUCCCUCGUCUUGUUUGGGAUUUGGGUAAAAUGGAGAAAAGAAAGGAAAACAUGCACAUAAAUGAAUAUUUUAGUGUAGCAAAGAUAUUGGAUUUGUAAUUCAAUUUUAGAUUAAAACUAUAUCCCAAAUGCUGGAUACCCUGUUUUUCAGAUGAUAGCAUUGUACCUUGUACAAUAGGUUUGAGCUCAAAUAGUGACAGAUGAUCAAUCUGUGAAAGGCAAAACAUAAAUAAUGUAGCGUUCUAUAUUCUUUGUUGUUAAUGAAAAUGUUUGACAAGAUUUCAAUAGACA